UAUCCAUACAAUGAAUUUAAACCUGAACUCAAAGCAAUAGAGAAACGUCAUGUUUAUUUGUCGUAUAUGUGUUCACAGUCGUUGACCUCGAACUUAUAUGAACGUUUAAAGGGACUUAAAACACACAUCAUCUUUUUUGUCGUGAAACUCAUACCAGUCAAGUCCCUGCUCAAAUGUCAAAGGCAUCUUAUGGACAAGAUCGUGCGGAUAAAGCUCCCGUGCAGCUCAGGAUGGCGGCUGCUGCACAAGAAAGGGGAUUUGUUCAGCUGUCCGCCCACCGAUGCCCUGGCGCACUGCAUCAGUGAAGACUUCCGCAUGGGAGCAGGGAUUGCCGUGCUCUUCAAGAAGAAAUUUGGUCGAGUUCAGGAUCUUCUUGCUCAGCAGAAGAAACCUGGGGAAUGUGCUGUCCUUAGAACAUCUGGUCGUUUCGUGUACUACCUGGUCACCAAGAAAAAGUACUACCAAAAACCCACCUAUGACAUUCUCUGGAUGAGCCUCAUGUCAAUGAGGGACCACUGUGUGGCCAAUGGCGUUAACAGUAUAUCCAUGCCUCGGAUUGGCUGUGGCCUGGAUAAACUGAAAUGGGAAAAUGUGUCUUCCAUUAUCACCGAAGUCUUCAAGGACACAAAAAUCUCCAUCACUGUGUACUCAAUCUAGACCACGGCAGGUCUGCAACUCACAUUAUUUCUUAACCGUUCUUAAAGAAUGGUUGGAGGAUGGCUUGUUAUUCCAAUGGAAUUUCACAGCAUACUUUAAGGUGUAUAGGGUGUUUAUUAUUCUUGUUUUGGGAAAUGUAAGCUCUUAAGUUCCAGUUAUAUACACUUAGAAUAUGUAGUUUUCCCCCCUAAGUUAGAUUCCAUUGUUUUCCAUCCUCCUGUUGUAUCUCUAAACUGUACAGCUGUUCUUUUCACCACUAGAGGGUGUGAGUUUCAUUGGAUUGUUUGAUAAAUAAUGCUUACUAGUUAGUAUUUUCCCAUUAGAUAUCACUAAAUUAAGUGUACCUCAAAUAUAAAUGCACUAUAAACGUCUCAUAAAUAGUAACUCAACAAUUAUUCUGCCUUAUUUCCAAUUGUUUCUUUAGUACUGUGGUUCUCAACCCUGGUCAUGGAUAUGUUUAAAAGCUGUCUCAUUUCAAAAGCUGCGCCCUCCAAAGGUCGCGUUAGUCAGCCGCAUACGUCACAGAACCUCUCUCAUUUCAGAAAAGCAACCAUUAUAAAAUUCUAUGUUAGUCCUCAUGAGGCAUAAUUACAGUCAUUUCUGUCUCUGGAAUGUAAUGGUCGACAGAUAAGGCAGACAAAUGUGACCUUUGGAGGGUGCAGACUUUGAAAUGAGACGCAGCGAAAAUUUGCAGUUUUGGGGGGACUCCAAGAACACAGUUGUGAUUCACUGUCUUAGUAUAUUAUAAAUAGCAUUGAAAAACAUAACAGCGUCAUACUGCUUUCCUUAGAUUGUGCUCAUGAUAGGAAACUGACUCAUCUUAAUUGUUUUACAUACAAGGAGACUGUUCACUAUGCCAUUAUUUAUUAUAUCAUUUCAAAAUAUUAAAAAAACAAAAAUUAAAAAGACAAAAUUAGAAUAUUUAAACAUGAGCAAAGCAAACUGUAUUUUAGUUAACUGGAAUUUCAUGCUUUAAUUUUACACCUAGAUGUUCAGCUUCUAAAAUUUUUCUUAAAAUGAUACUUGGUAAAAUCACCUAUAUAUUUAAGGUAUCCAUCUAAACACUAUGCACAAGUGUGGUUUGGAUUCAUUAUGUAAGUUUAAAAUCAGUUAAUAAAGUCAAUCCUGUGAUUUCACAGGACAAAUAGUGUUGACAGAGCAAACAAUGCUGUUGUAAUUACAGGGACAUUGUAAUAAUUAGCUUUUAAGUACUAAAUUUGCUUAAAGGCGGUGGCCAGGCUGUAACAGUCUUAAUCAGAGGCCAGCUGCGGCUCCUUACCCUACUUUAAAAUAUCACACAACCUUUCAUCAUAAUAAUCAUAGUUAUCUUGACAGUCCUCCCAGGGUGUAAAGUUUUCUUCCUCGUUUUCAACGAAAGUAGACCAAACGUAGGCAAAAUCCACAGGCCUCAUCAUGCGUAUUUUACACCCCGCCCUAACUAGCGCCUGAAGUCCGGCUUGUAUCUCUGGUUCCUCCCACUGGAAGAGUCGGGAGCAGUGGAUAUUGAGGCGAAUCGUCUUGCGUGCUUGCAAGAUCUCUACGAGCUUAGCAGCGCAGGCUGUGCAAGGGCUCGAGGACAUGUACCAGGUCACCGUGUAGUGGAGUGACUUGUCAUAAUAGGCCAGCACCUGUUGAAAGAAGGCAUCUUCGGCAUGCGAACCCGAAUGCUCAUCCUCCAGGUAACCACGAAGGCCAUCUGUCUCUCCAGAGCCUCCUUGUAUGUCUACCUGGUAGCACAGGAAGGUCUUGUUGCGCCCGGAGGAAUAUUCCACGUUUUUAAAUUGGAAUUUAAAGAAGGUCGGGUUCAUUCUGUCCCUGUGGGAGGAAGGAGGACAUUUGAAAAUAAGACUUUUAUCACAAUCUGUUGUGAGAAAGUGUGACUUAGAUUAAAGCUUGAGCAUGCUACGUGACUUUAUUUCUGAAGAUUUUAACAGAUUAUAAAACAUCAUAUGCUUGACGACUUUGUAAAUGGUUACAGAGGAAAAAACAGGACUUUCAGGCCCUGUUUAAACUAGUUGUUUUCGUUUUAAAAUGGUGUUUUAAAAUCAACACUCCUCAUCAACACUAGCGUUUUCACUGUGUUUCAGAAACGAUCUCUGUCCACACUACACAACUGAAAACGCAUGUCACAUGGCCAUUCAUGAAUACUAGGCAUGCAUUGUUUACAUGGUCAUCAAGGAUACGCAGCGGGAAUGUGGGCAGCCAUGGCUUUGUUUUCAAAAGUCUCCAUUUUGGUCCGGUUUCACCUUAAAUGCAACCCUGGAGUUUUCAAACUAAAACUAGGGUUUGCAGUGUUUUUGAAAGUCUCAGUUUUCAAGGGUCGAAAACACUGGAGUAGUGUAAAUGAUAGGUGUAACUGUAACAAAAGUUAUGGGUUUUAAAAUGCAAAAGGCACUAGUGUAGCCAUAGCCUCAAAAACGCUGCAGACCCCAUUUUAGUUUGAAAACUCCAGGGUUGGCUUUCAGUGUAAAGGACCAAAACAGAGACUUUUGAAAAUGACGUGGCUGCCUACAUUCGCUCUGUAUUGACCUUGAUGAUCAUGUAAACAAUAACAUCAUGCUCAUUAUGAAUGGUCAUGCGACAUUCGUUUUGAGUUGUGUAGUGUGGACUGAGACUGAACUGUCUGUAACGCAGUGAAAACACCAGUGUAGACGAGGAAACGAAAACGCACUAUUUCUGUGAAACCUCUCAACUCCAACUGCUCCAACUGCAAAUAUAGGCAAAAAUCUGUGAAAAAGUUGUGUAAUGUAUUCCAGCUUUAAACAAAUGAAUGUAUUAACUUUGGACAAGAAGUGAUUCUCUUUGUGUGGCCAUUAAUAGGCCUCAAAUGGACUUAAUGGGCUUGUAUUGAUCACUUCGUUUAAAUAAAUUCUUAUGAAAUCUCA